CGUUACCUGACUAUUCCAGGACUGAUUCCUCCAUCCCACUUCACGCCCAGACGACCAGACGACCAGACGACAAAGCGAUCCCAGCCAGCUGAAUUGUCUUAUUUGCAUUUCUUCUUGUCCUUCAUUUGCUUCUUUUUGCAAAUCGCAAUACACCCCGCCCACCAUGUCGCGCAUCAACCAACCCUCCAACCAGAUCCGGCUCACCAACGUGUCGCUCGUCCGCCUCAAGAAGGGCAAGAAGCGCUUUGAACUGGCCUGCUACAAGAACAAGCUCCUCGAGUGGCGCUCCGGUAUCGAGACGGACCUCGACAACGUCCUGCAGAUCCCCAACGUCUUCCUCAACGUCUCCAAGGGCCAGACCGCACCCCGCGAGGACCUCGACAAGGCCUUCGGCAAGGGCAAAGCCGUCAACGACAUUAUCCUCGAGAUCCUACGUAAAGGCGAGAUGCAAGUCGGAGAAAAGGAACGCGCGGCCCAACUCGAACGUGUUCACAACGAGGUCGUCAGCAUUGUCGCCAGUAAACUCGUCGACCCACGCACCAAACGAGUAUAUACCUCCGGCAUGAUUGAGAAGGCACUCGACAUGCUGAGCUCCCAGGCGCACGCUACCACCGACAAGAGCGCUGCCGGCAGCGGGACUGGGACGCCGGCGACUGGUGACGAUGGCGAGGCCAAGCCCCGAGUCAAGGACCACAACUGGACUGGUGUGGUUACGACUAAGAACGCAAAGAGCCAGGCCCUCGACGCCAUGAAGGCCCUGAUCGCCCACCAGCCCAUCCCGGUUGCGAGGGCGCGCAUGAGGUUGCGAAUUGCUUGCACUACCAAUGUCCUCAAGCAGUCUGUCAAGGGAGGUGCUAAGGGAGCAAACAGGGAUGACGAGGGCGAGCAAAAGGCCCCCGGAACAGUCAAGGAUAUGAUUCUGGGAUUCGUUGAGCAGGUCGAGAGCCAGGACGUGGUAGGCUCUGAAUGGGAAGUAGUAGGAUUCGUCGAGCCGGGAGCUUUGAAAGCCCUGUCCGACUUUGUUGGCAACGAGACAAAGGGUCAAGGACGAGUCGAGGUUCUAGACAUGGCCGUCACUCAUGAAGAUUAAGAUGAUGAAAACAAGAUA